CGCACGUUUCAAAAUCAAAAAUCAACUUAUGAAAAAUAUGAAAUUGACCUCAAAGAUGCAACCGCUUGCAUAAUUAACGUACCAGGAUCGACUUAUGGAGACUCAUUUUAUCUGAUUAUAUUUGCAAAUCCUCAGCAGCAGCUUCGUAUGGAAAGCCAUCAGUGUGUCAACACUACCACCAUUAUCGGCUAUAUUAUCGAUCGUGAUAAUUUAAGUUCGUAUUUCGGUCCUUACGGGAAGAGCAUUCUCGUCAGCGCAAAACAUUAG